CACUGAGAUCACUGGAGAAUAAAGGGUUCGUGUGUAGAUAUGUGCGCCUCCGAAAAUUACGCAAUGAGCCCUUGAUGCCGAAGUGUCGCGAAGCUGAGGGGAGCAUUUUCAGUGCAUCCCUGUGAACACACACACAUACUCACACUCACGCACACCCUGCCUAUUGUAUCUUGCCUCUGGGAGAUAACCACUUCACAGGAGACAAUGAGAGGCUUCCUGCUGACAGCUAUCAUUCUGCUGCCCUUGGUGGCGGCAGAGUCAGAGCACUGCAUCAUCAAGCGUGAACAUGAGAAAUGCAUGGAGAGGAUCGCGCUCCAUAACCCCGUCGAUGACCUUGAAUUUGCAUGCCCGUGGAUGUGGGACAACCUGACAUGCUGGCAGGCGGCCAGCGUUGGGGAGGUUAUCGUGGUCAACUGUCCGGAGCUUUUCCACGACUUCAUGGGCCCUGAGGACGAGAUGGGGAAGGUCAGUCGUAACUGCACCGAGGACGGCUGGUCUGAACCGUUCCCUCACUACUUGGAUGUCUGCCUCUUCGAUGACAACGCCACCAAACCUGACAUGUACUAUGCGUCAGUCAAGGCUCUGUACACAGUUGGCUACAGCACAUCCCUAGUGUCUCUCACCACAGCCAUGGUCAUUCUCUGCAGGUUCAGGAAGCUGCAUUGCACCAGGAACUUCAUCCACAUGAAUCUGUUUGUGUCCUUCAUCCUGAGGGCCAUCUCAGUCUUCAUCAAGGACGGCGUGCUGUACGCUGAGGAGGACAGCGACCACUGCGUCGUCCACACAGUGGCAUGUAAAGCAGUGAUGGUGUUCUUCCAUUACUGUGUCAUGUCCAACUACUUCUGGCUGUUCAUUGAAGGCCUGUAUCUCUUCACUCUGCUGGUGGAGACUUUCUUCCCUGAGAGACGUUACUUCUACUGGUACACCAUUGUGGGAUGGGGAACUCCCACCAUUUGUGUGACCGUGUGGGCAGUUCUGAGACUCCAUUUCGAUGACACAGGCUGCUGGGAUACAUAUGAGAACACCGCCCUCUGGUGGGUGAUCAAGGGACCAGUGGUGGCCUCCAUAAUGAUCAAUUUUGUCCUGUUCAUCGGGAUUAUCAUUAUCCUGGUCCAGAAGCUGCAGUCCCCUGAUAUUGGAGGGAAUGAAUCCAGCAUUUACCUGCGUCUGGCGCGCUCCACGCUCCUGCUCAUCCCCCUGUUUGGGAUUCACUACACCGUGUUCGCCUUCUCACCUGAGGACGUCAGCAAGAGAGAGAGGCUGGUGUUCGAGCUGGGUCUGGGGUCCUUCCAGGGCUUCGUGGUCGCUGUCCUCUACUGUUUCCUCAAUGGAGAGGUGCAGUCGGAGAUCAAGAGGAAAUGGCGCAGCUGGACGGUGAACCGGUACUUUGCUGUGGACCUGAAGCAGCAGAGGCACCCUUCGUUGGCCAGCAGUGGAGUGAACGGGGGGACUCAGCUGUCCAUCCUGAGCAAAAGCAGCUCCCAGAUACGCAUGUCCAGCCCCCUGGCCGAGAACACCAACCUGAGCCUCCCCACCUGAGCGUCUGAUUGGUCAGAGUCAGUUUCAAGGUGCCGUCCUACAUACAUCUAGACCAAUCAGAGCAGACCAAAGUGUCCCUAAUGUCUUAUAUCUCCGAUUUGGCUAUUAGCAAAUGAGGUAUUUCAGAAAGCAUUUAUUGAAGAUUGAAGAUUUAUUGGCUUUGUUAUUUUAUAAUUUUGUCGGUUAUAUAAUUUGUCUAAUUCAUUUAUUGGCACAGUGCGCUCUUCAAAGGCAUGCCAUUUGAAUUGUGUUAUGAUUGAUAAUGCCCUUAAGAUUUUGCAGACAGUUUACCGCAUCCAUUCAAUUGUAUUUAUUUAUUUAUUUAUUUAAGAAGAAGAAGCUAGAGUUGUUUUUUUUUUUGUUUUUUUUUUUUUAUUGAGAAGUUAG